UUUACCUUAACAAAUAUCUAAACAAACAUGGCUGUCGAAAAUGACGGUGAACUAAACAUCGAAAAUACAGAUGAAAUAAGUUUAUCUGGCAGUGUUAUUACGGAUCAGUCUGUUAGUGCAGAAAGUUCAUUAGUUUUGAAAAUAAAAGAAAAUUUAACAUUUGAUACAUUUGAUGAAAAAUCAACUGUUGAAAAUGCUCAAACCAAGUAUGACAAUAAUGACGAUAGUGGUAUGGAUGCAGGCAAUGAAAGUGAUUCAGUUAACAAAAGUAAAUUUGAAACAAAAAGUGAUCUUAUUGUGCUUGAUCCUGAACACCCAUUGAUGAAAAGAUUUCAACAAGCAUACAAAGAACACCUUACAAAAUUAGACCAGAAAAUAACUUAUGAAUUAAAAGACUUGGUUGAAGAACAACUAUAUGUAAAAAGACAAAGAGAAGAAUUAGGUGUCAAUUUGUAUGGAGUACAACAAGAAUUAGCAAAGCAGCAAUUAGUUUUAGAAAAGCGUCAUAAUUUGUUUAAUGAGUGUUCGCAUCUACGUAAGCAAACUGAAAAACAAUUAACAGAAACAAAAACUAUCUACACGCAAGUAUUAAAUAGUCUUCAAAAUCAGCGUAAAAAAGCAAAUGAACUGCAAGCAGAAGUUGAAAAGACAACAUUAAAUGUUCAAUACCUUGAGUCAGCAAAAGAUGAUGUUCGUUCAAAUAUCUCUGUUCUUAAAAGAGGAUCAAAGAAAACUGAAACUGAAGUUUUAAAAGCUCAACAGUUAAAAAAGAAGCAGGAUUUUUUACUCAACAAAAUUGUUGUUGCUGUUGAUCGUCUAGAAUCAGAUAUUGCAAUGUAUGAUACUCAAUACAAUGCUCAGAAAGAAGAAACUAAAUCGGCUCUCAGAACAUUAACUGAGGCAUCAACGGAAUUAGAAGCUAUUGAAGUUGAAAAAAAACAGUUGUUGCAUGAAUGGAACAAUAGCUUAAUGGGAUUAAAAAAGCGAGAUGAAGCUUGUGCUGCUAUACAAGAAGCUUAUAAUUUACAAAAUAAAGUACUUGUCGCAGUUGAAACAGAAAUGGAUGGUUACAAGAAACAGAUUUUAAAAGCACAGGAGCAAAAUGAGCAUAUUACUUAUUUACACAAUAGAAUUGAAAAUGAUAUUAAUAUGUUGAAAAAAAAUAUACAAAUUUCAAAAAAUAAAGAAGAAGCUUUAAGAAUAGAGUAUAGCACUUACUCUCAUACAUAUCAAGAAACAAAACAAUUUUUAAUUAAAGCUGAAAAAGAACUUGCAUUAAAAGAAAAUGAACUUUUGAAUCUGAAGAAACAGAUUGAGCAAGAUUUUUUAGAAAAAGUAAAAGUUGAAAACCUGAUUAUGAAUAAAAUGCAAGAACAACUUACUUUAGAUAAAGCAUCUAAACAUAUGAGAAAAAAGAUUAUAGAAACAAGAAAUAAAAAUAACCAGCUUGAACAUUCUGUUACAGAAGUUAAUAAUGCAAUUUCUCAUGAUAAGUUGCAAAUUUUGAAUGCCACAACACGUGUGCAAAACUUGAAAGAGAUAUUGUGUGGACUCAAUGAUGCUAUUGAACAUAAAAAUUCUGAAAUUUCAAAGGUUGAAAAUGAAAUGGUAAAAAAAAAUUCAUUGAUUGAGAAAAAGCAAGGAAAAGUGGAUCAGUUGAAUAAAAAGAUAGCUUUAUUAAUUAGUAAAGAAGGAGAUGCUUUAUUUGCUGGACCAUUAGAGUUUCAAAUAAAAACUCUUCAAAACCAAAUUGAAGUUAAAGUCAAUGAAUCUUUAGAAUUACAGCAAUAUUGGUUAAGACAACAAGGAGAACUGGUAAAAGUUUUGAAAACUAUUGACAAGCAAUCUAAAGAUGUGGAUUUUAAGAAAAAGCAAUUAACUGUAAUAAUGCAGAAAAAAAUAAGACUUGAAGGUGAAAUAGACUCACAAAAGCAAGAAAUUAAAGAUAUUGAAAGAAGUGUAUUGAACAUGCAAAAAGACAUGACCAAACUUAAUAUACUAAUUUACAAUAAUAAAGAUAAAAAAGAAACUUUACAGCAAGAUAAUAUUUUGCUAGAAAAUCAUUUCCGUUCUAAACUUAAGGAUGCUGAGAUGGAAUCUGUUAAAAUGAAGAACAAAAUAGAUGCAUUGAAUGAAGAGAAAGAAAGAUUGUUGAAUGCAGUUGUUGAAGCUGAACGCCAGAUUAUGCUGUGGGAAAAGAAAACUCAACUAGCUCGGGAAGUUCGAGAAACUGUCUAUUCAGAUGCUGCUGUUGGAGAAAUGCAUGCUUUAAAAACAGAGGUUCAUCGCAUGGAGGUGCGAUAUGCACAACUUAUGAGACAACAAGAAAAAAUGGUUCAGGAUAUGGAAAUGACAGUCAUAAAAAGAGAGAAUAUAAUUUCAAAAAGUGAUGCUCAAUCAAAGAUAGAUCGCAAUAAGGUUGGAAAGCCACACAUUAAUAAAAGUACUUUCCAAAAGAAGUUAAGUGAACUAAAGAAAAGUAUUAGACAAGCAAAUAAAGAAGCGGAAAAAUAUGAUGAAGAGAUCCGUCAAUAUCGCGAAGUACAGCAAAGACUGGGGGAAGAGAUAGAAUCUAAACAAUCAGAUAUACAUAAAAUUCAGCAAUCUGUUAAAAUAAACGAAAUUGAGUUAGAGCAUUUAAAAGAUGUCAAAUUAAAGAACCUUCAGGAGAUUUUAACGAAGCAGCAACGGGCAAAGUAUUAUUCUUCGUUAAAAUCAGGAAAAUACAAACCUUUUUGUAAAACGCCAAACACUCUCGAAAAAGAAGAACAAAAACAGUUGUCUGAUAUGCAACGUUUACAAUCCAUAAUUGAACAAUUAAAUGUAGAGUAUCCUGAGUUGCGGAAUUCUUUACGAAAAGCAAGAAUUAUGUUUAAUAAAACGACAAGUAGCAGUAACCUUAAAGAAGAUUCUUAAGUCUGUUACUAUAUUUUUUAAUCCAUUUAUUUAUAAUAUCAGGUUUGAAUAUUCAAUUUUCAAAUUGUAAUUCGGCGUUUGAAUAGCAUUUUUUGUUCAAGUAGUUUAUUAAAAAAAGGUAAUUUAAAAAAAAAAAAAGGAACUCUUCUCCCUGUAUCCGAUCUUGAUUUUAUUUUUGAUGUUUUCUUCUAAAGAUUUGAUUAACGAAAUUUUCGUAAUCGCUUUUCGUCGAUGGGUCACAGUUGAUACCAUAUUUUAGAAUAGAUUUUAAUCUUUA